AUGGCGAUGAAUAGCGAAGGCUCGCGAGGGAGCUCGCGAGACGGCGGUCGGCGGGGAGAUGGAGCCCCGUUUGCCGUGAACAACGGGAGACUUGAAUGCAGGGAGGUAAGUGGAUUUUCGGAGGAAUUUUGGGACAAGGCAGAAUGGGCGAUAGACUGGCUCCGUAUGGAGGGCGUAAACGAAGUUAGUGAAGCCCUGGAGGAGGUCCAUGCGCAAGUGAUGGAAGGAGUCGUGGCCACUCGGAGUGCCACCACAGCAGUAGAAGAGUGCUUCCAGCCCUGGGAGGCUGUAGAAGCUGCCUGA